AAGGCAGCAUAAGGAGGGGAGGUUGCUGUGAAUAGAAAGCAGGGGACGGAGCAGCAGUGCGAGCUCACAAACUUGGUCCAAAGCUUCGACACACCCCCGCUUUUCCACCCUAAAAGGACUCAAAUUAAUUUUCUCCCAACGGAUCCUGCUCAUCAUCUGCCAUGGCUGUGGAAGGUGGAAUGAAAUUUGUCAAAUAUGUACUUUUCUUCUUCAACUUCAUUUCGUUGUUAUGUGGACUUGCACUGAUUAUCGUGGGAGUCGUUGUGCAGGUUUCUAUUCACAAAACCUUUCGUAUCAUGGACUUCAGCGCCUCUGCAGGCCCCAUUAUCCUCAUCGUCGUGGGUCUUUUGACUUUCUUCGUUGCAUUCUUCGGCUGCUGUGGAGCCUGGAAAGAGAACCACUGCAUGGUCGCAACGUAUUCCUUCUUUCUUUCGUUGGUCGUCAUUGCUGAGAUUGCUGCAGUAGUUGUUGCAUACAUAUACAGAGACAAGGUCAAAAACAUAAUAGAGAACAAUCUCUCUGAUAUGGUCACGCAAUACAAGGUGGGCUCAAAAGAACUCAAAGAAACUUUGGAUAAUUUCCAGGAGAAUUGGAAGUGCUGUGGCGCGCAGAACUCCAGCGACUGGAAGUAUUUUGGCAGCGAUGGACAAACGGUGCCUGACUCAUGCUGCAUAGUGGUCAAACCAGACUGUGGAAACGGAACCAUGACAAAUAGCACCAAAGUGCACCAGAAGGGUUGCCGUGACGUCAUGGUGACGUUCCUAAAGAGAGACGCUCAGUGGGUGAUAGUUGCAGCUAUCAUUGUCGCUGUCCUCCAGCUUCUGGGCAUCGUGUUUGCUUGCUUGUUGAUGAGAGGCAUCCGCGGCGGCUAUGAAGUCAUGUGAUUGGCAUACAAAUAAAUGCUGGGUGGUCAUGCCCUACUUAUUAGGAGCUUCAUUUCAAAACAGUUAAUAUUCAUGUUAAAGUUACCAUUUUAUUUACAGGAUUUUAAGUUUCUCCUUUAUAGCAAAAUUGGGGUUUUUAGUUUCAUGUUGGGUCAUUAUUUCUGCUUUUAUACUGUAAAUACAUAGAGAAUAAUAAACAUUCAGAGGAAAGUUGAUGAUUGUCUUGGGGUUAAGAGAAAGUCUGAGGUUUUUAAAGCAUAUGGUUGAUUCUUUGGAGUAUUUUUAAGUUAAGUUUUUAUGGAAUGGUUUCAUUUGUAAUAAAGUCUCCUGAAAUUGCAUGAGUUUUCAAUAAAGACAAUUAAGAAAUUAAA